UAUAUAAACACUACCCACACUCCAUUUAUCAUUCUCACAUCCUAACCCUAGCCGCCCAUACUACCGGAGCCACACUUGCCGCAGCAGAUCCUCAAUUUGACAAUGGCGGAAGUUCAAGAUGUUGAUGUGGCAGUGCAUGACGCAGCAGCACCAAAGAAGAGGACGUUUAAGAAGUUCAGUUUCAGAGGUGUUGAUUUGGAUGCUUUGCUUGAUAUGUCUACUGAUGACCUUGUCAAGCUCUUCACUGCCCGUGCCAGAAGAAGGUUUCAGAGGGGUUUGAAGAGAAAGCCAAUGGCUUUGAUUAAGAAGCUUCGCAAAGCUAAACGUGAGGCACCAGCUGGUGAGAAACCAGAGGUUGUGAAAACCCAUUUGAGGAACAUGAUCAUCGUCCCAGAGAUGAUUGGUAGCGUUGUCGGUAUCUACAGCGGAAAGAUUUUCAACCAGGUCGAAAUCAAGCCUGAGAUGAUUGGUCACUACCUUGCCGAAUUCUCACUUUCAUACAAGCCAGUCAAGCAUGGUAGACCUGGUAUUGGUGCUACUCACUCUUCAAGGUUUAUCCCAUUGAAAUGAGACCGUCGCUUUGAUGAGCUUAAAGUAUGUUUGGAAUGGAAGGUUGAAUUUUGUUUUCUGAAUCUGGUAGUUUGUCAUUUCAGUAAGAUGAGACAUUACAUGUAUUAAGGAUCUUGUUUUCUAAAGGCUUUUGUGCUACUCUUUGUUA